UUGGUUUACAGUUGCCUAGUGUACGUGUACGAUGGCAAGAGCGCUAAUCGCUCUAUUGUGGAUCAAUUUGAUCGCCCUUAUCAGCGUGGGUCUGUGUUCGGGCGCACGGAACCCGGAUGGACCAUCGGGUGAUGACUCGCUACAGGGGCCCGGCGAGCAGCUGCUGUCGGAACAACUGUUCGCCAUCAUCGAUCUGUACAAGCAGGAAGAUCCGGUAGGGUUGCCGGGUGCGACAAUCCCGGAUCCGAUGCCCAUUCCGGAGAUCAAGCAGUCGUUCUCGUUCGCCAAGAUGCACCUGCGCAAUGUGCUCGCGCGCGGAAUGUCCCGGUUCCGGAUUCGCUACUUCCGGACCGAGCUGAACAGCAUGUCGGUACGGGCGCAGAUUUCGAUCGACGAGAUCGCGGUGAAUGGUAACUAUACCAUGAGUACGUUCUUCAACCGUGCCGAGGGCCCGUUCACGGUGCUGAUGAAGAACGUGCUCACCAACGCGAACGUCUCGCUGGCGGUCGAACGGGACGGUACGCUGCGCACGAAGGACAUCGAGCUGGACAUCGCGUUCGACGAUCUGGCGAUGGACUUCCAGAAUCUCGGCUUCAUGGGGAGCAUCUUCCAGAGUGUGGCCAACUCGGCGUCCAACCUGGUGUACGACACGAUGAAACCGUUCAUGCUGGCCGAGGCGUAUGCGAAGAUCCGCGAGGAGGUGGACACCCGCAUGCUGAACGUGACGGUCGAGAACGGGUUCGUGCUGCCGAACUCGAUCUCACCGCUCGACAUGGCCAUCGGCGAGAUGCGUACGCUCGUGCGCAACAAGGGCCUGGACCCGUUCCUCGUGCCGGACUACAACAAUACGGCCGGCAUCUUCGGUAUGCAGACGAUGCACACGUGGAUUACGGGCGGCUCGAGCUUCUACCGCUACGGGGACAUCUCGGUGACGAUGGAGAACAACACGGCCACGCUCGGGAUGCACGUGGCGACCCAGCGCAUCGUGGGUUCGACGCAGUGGGAGGUUUCGAUCGGGCGCGGCAUGCUGUCGCAUCCUGGCCGGGCCCAGUUCACUGUCGAGCACAUUCGGGUGGCGGUUCAGAUCGAGCAACCACUGGAUCUGCGCAAAAAGAUCAAACUACGUGACAUCCAGCUGGAGCUUGGCAAUAUACAGGUGCGCUGUGACGGAGCUGGAACGUUUGAUUACAUCAUCGAGGCGGCGGUUAACAUCCUUCCGAAUCUGCUCCGUUAUCAGCUGAUGGAUGCAAUCGAAAACCCGCUGAGGAUACGCAUCCAGGAGAAGCUGGACUGCAUUAACACGGAGGCGUUGGUGCGGAAGUACGCGCGGGAGUUUGAGCAGCAUGGUACCAACAUCAAUUUGCAGGAUUUGGAACUCUGCCAGACGUAGAUAAAGCAUUAUGCUUUGGAGCAGCAUAACUAGGAGUAGAACUAUGACAAAAAAUUAAUGAAAAAAAAAUAGAGAAAGAGGAAAAUAUUGAAUAUGUGCGAAUACGUGAAGUGAUUACGUACACU